AUGACAAGAACGAUAGUGGAAUAUCCGAAACCUUUAUCAAACAUGUCAUAUUUGCGGAAUGGAUUGAUAGAGGAUGAUAGCGAUGAUGAAUUAUUCGAUUGUUGCAGCUGUCUUAGGACAAGUUCUGGUAAUCUUGGACCCUAUACUGUUCGAUUGUUUUUCUGUUCUAAACCAGGUCGCAUUAUGGUUUUCCUCUUUUCAUUAUUAGCAUUAUAUUUGAUAUAUUCAAACUGGAACAGCAGUGCAGUCAUGCAUUCAGAUGUGGCAUCAGUAGUAACUCCGAGUAAUCAUUCACGGGCGCAUAAAAUUUUACUAGAUUUAUGUAAAGCUUAUGUGGAACAAAAAGUGAGUGGUGAUUUGUGUAACCGCUUAUGUUAUCAUAAAAAGUGGAGUAUUUUGGAUAUUUAUGAGGGAAACAAAAUUGUUAUCACGAUCAAGGAUGGUGGACAAGAGGUUAUACUCAAAAGUCAACAUUUAUAUAUUGAUGAAUUUGAACAUUUGGAUCCACGAAUUAACGAGAGCUUGUUUUUUGAUGCUGUCCUCGGUAUAGUUAAUUAUAAUCUAAGGUUGGGUUGGCCUUCACACUACAAACAUCAUCUGAUUGAAAUUCUCUGGCCAAUGUAUGUUCGUAAGGGACGUGAUUCGUUGUCUGAAGCCGAUCGUCGAAGUUUGUGGGCACUUCUUUCCCAGGAUGAAUAUAUUACUUUUCGAGUUUUACCUCUUACGCGUGUUACACCGAAGAUUAUUGGUACAUGUGGACAUUUUUACCAGGUGGAAACAUUGGUUCCAUUCCAUAUGAAAGGUUAUUAUAUGAAUUUAAAAGCUAAAAUAUUGCUUCAUUUGAUGGGAACACUGAAAUUGUUCGAUGAAUUUUUGAACGAACCAUUAGAGUGGUGUGAUAUAAAAUUUGAUAAUCUUGGACUUGCUGCUGAUUAUCCGAAAAGAUUCAUGGUAAUGGACGCGGAUAUGUUGUAUACUAAAUCGCGUUUGAAAGCCAUAUUGACUAGUCGAAUAUGCAAACAAGAUGAGGAUUGUCAUUAUUUCGAUUGCUAUGCUAAAUGCAAUAAUGAGACGGGAUUCUGUACUGAUCGAACAAAUAGUAAUUUAGAAGUAUUUUGCGAUAAGCUCAUUUACCAAUUGUAUGGUAAAUUUUGGACAAAAUCGAAUCGGUACCUGGCUGCAUGUCGUGACACUUCAGUGACAUUUGAGCAACGAAUUGCUGAUUUACGAUUGUUAUGGUCAUGGAACUUUUCCGAUGUGUAA